UAAAAACAUAUGAGAAUAGAGUUAACUGCGCUAUGAAAGCUUCUUCCUCAACUGCUUCACUUUUACUCGUACCUAGCCAAACGAAAUGACACACAAACACGUUUGAUAGCGGGGAAAGUGCAUUUCCAGCGGUCCUUGUGUGCUGGUCGGGCUGUCACAGGAAUCACUAAACUCAGAUGGGUCAGGCACUGUGGAGGCUGCCUCCCAGACAACAGCAGCAGCUUCAGGAAGAGCUAGCCGACCGACUGGCUGACCACGAAGGAGGAAGACAAGAGCCAGGGAGAGAUGGAGGCCCACAGAGAAGAGCUCCUCAGCACUGUUAUGGCCCUGACAUCUACCAUCUGCUGAGAACACGCAGGGGAGGUAAAGAGCAACAUGGUUUUAUAGACUUGGAGAUGCUGCCACCAGAGUUAGGCAUCACCAUCCUGUCAUACCUGAAUGCUACUGAUCUGUGCCUGGCUGGCUGUGUGUGGCAGGACCUGGGAAAUGAUGAAUAUCUAUGGCAGGGGCUGUGUAAGUCCACAUGGGGUCACUGCUCCAUCUACAACAGAAGACUACCUGCUGGUUUCUCGUAUAGAAGACUAUAUCUGCAACUAGAUGAAGGCUGCCUGACAUUCAAUGCAAACCCACAGGAGGGUAUCAGUUAUUUCAUGUCUAAAGGCAUACUAGUGGAUCAUCCCACUGAGCUGGCUAAGUUCAUCUUCCUCACCAGACGGCUCAACUGGAAAAUGCUGAGAAUUUACCUGGACGAGAGGCGGGAUGUUCUGGACGAGUUGGUGACCCUCCAUAACUUCAGUAAUCAGUUCCUCCCCAAUGCUCUGCGGGAUUUCUUCAGACACAUCCACGCACCGGAGGAGAGAGGAGAGUAUCUGGAAACACUCAUCACCAAGUUCAGCCACAGAUUUUGUACCUGCAACCCUGUACUUGUCCGAGACCUGGGCCUCAGUCCAGAUGCGGUGUAUGUGCUGUGCUACAGUCUGAUCCUGCUGUCCAUCGACCUGACCAGCCCUCACGUCAAAAACAAAAUGUCCAAGAGGGAGUUUAUCAGGAACACUCGCCGAGCAGCCCAUAAUGUCUCUGAUGACUUUGUUGGCCACCUGUAUGACAACAUAUACCUGAUUGGCCAUGUGGCUGCGUAGCUUCACCUACCAAUUGGCCGACAGAAAUCCUCACACUGCACUGAAGAAUGGGAAUUGCUGAUUGGGUUCCUAUAUGUGUCUGGAAAGUAUGGAACAUUGUGGAAAUGGAUUUUAACCGUUUUAACGUCCUUCGAGGAAUAUAACAGCUCAAAAUCUUAAUAGAAAGAUUAAAAACAAAAACAAUUCACCUCUGCACUGUGAGAUAGACUGUGCCACUAAAUAUUAAGAAUGUUAUUAGGUUUCAGUCAAAUGUGUGAAACAUUUGAAAUGUCUUUAAAACCAAGCCACUGCAAAGAAAGAAAUUUAAAGUGGAACCAUGAAGACACGCUCUGAUAUUGCACUGACGGUCGGGGACUACUGAUUGGUGGAAGGACGAGGAGCAGAAUUGUCCUCAGCCUGGCACAGACGAUCAUUCAUGCUGACUUUCUUUUGGAAUCUAGCGGCUUCACGGUCACCAGUCAUAUAAAAACUGGUCCAUUCUUGUAGAAUGUUAAUACUAGGCUAACACAAGAUGAAUCACUAAUAUUACUAGUAGCACUUACCAGUGUAACCAAGCUACGCUGGAGCCAUUCAGCAGUCAGUUGACCUUGAAACAUUGUCCAGUGGUAACAACCAGAAUGUCCAAGUGUCAAGAUUCACCUAGACCUGCGUAUCUGUGGCUCGUACAAGAAGGUUUUUUGUUUGUUCGUGUGUUUGUUUUCAUUUAAGGAGUAAAAUGAACAGGACAACAACGUAUUGCCUCUAGUGGCGCACUAUGUAAUAAUUUAACACAAUUUAAAAAGUUUCAUAAAUAGCUUCUGGUUGUUUGGCUAUGAAAUCAAUUUGAUGAUCACCCAGCUAAAAGCCAAGUGAAAUACAACAAGGGUUAUCGUCAGUGUUGUAGGAAACAACUAGCUAAAUAUAACAUAAGCUUCUGUCUACAUCCUUUGUUAAACUGAAUGUAUUAAAACGUAUCCUUACACGUGACAUUAAGGAAAUAUUUAAUCACACUGCUCCAAAGGUAACUGUUUGUGCUGCAGGUAGUGUUGCAGCAGCUUUGUCAUACUGCUAUACAAAGAAAAUGAAAAACAGAAAGUAGCGUUUGUUAAAUCAGAGUCUGUGGAUUGACCUGAAACUAAUUCUGGCAUAUGAUUGUAGUCGAGUGUAAGGAAGGAGUGUAAGGAUUGUGUUACAAACAUGUAGGAUUUUCAUCAAGUCAUCUUGCAAUUCGGUUUUUUUUCCUUUUUUUUUGGGGGGGGGGGGGGGCACUCUUGAAUUGCAAUGGAUGGACAAAACCACUGGCUGAAUUUUAAGUUGGUAGUUAAAGCAUAUUAUUUUAAGGUCAUGAAGUUCUUGUGUGUUAAAAACAUACUGCUUUUAUUGUAUGUAUAUACAUACAGCAGAUUUACCUUAAAUUCCUGCUUUUGUUUUUUAAAAUCUC